AUGGAGAAUGGCCUGGCUGGUGACAGCACAGGAGAUGGGCUGGCGAUGAAGAUCAAGCAAGAGAAACCAGACCGGCUGCUGCAGCCGCUGGCGCCGCAGGCCGUGCUUUCGGAGAAGGAUAAGGAGAACAUUUUCCAGCAGCAGCGGGGCCUCCCGCCAUGCCAGACCAUGGGGAGGCCUCGAGCCUUGGGGGGACAGGAGGAGACUGGGGGUCCAAGGCGGGCCCCUCCCACUGAGCAGGAUGGGGGGCUGGCAGGCCAGGCUCCCGGGGUGAUCCCUGGCCCCCUGAGCCCCGCGCUUUCUGCCGGUGAGGGACACUUUGUGUGCCUGGACUGCGGGAAGAGGUUCAGCUGGUGGUCGUCUCUGAAGAUCCACCAGCGCACUCACACCGGGGAGAAGCCGUACCUCUGCGGCAAGUGCGGCAAGAGCUUCAGCCAGAAGCCAAACCUGGCGCGCCACCAGCGGCACCACACUGGCGAGCGGCCCUUCUGCUGCCCCGAGUGCGCGAGGCGCUUCAGCCAGAAGCAGCACCUGCUCAAGCACCAGAAGACCCACUCUCGGCCCGCCACCCACUCGUGCCCCGAGUGCGAGCGCUGCUUCCGCCACCAGGUGGGCCUCCGCAUCCACCAGCGCGCGCACGCCCGGGACCGCCAGGGCGCCCGAGCCGGCCUGCACGAGCUGCUCCGGGACGCGGCGGUGCGCCUGGCCUGUCGCCUGCGGCCGCCGCCGCCACGGGGGCGCCCCGAGUGGGCCUGGCUGGGGCUCUGCCAGGGCUGGUGGGGCCAGCCUGGGGCCCGGACCGCGGAGCCCGGCCCCUCGGGGCCCGGUGAACAGCGCCAGUUCAUCUGCAACGAGUGCGGCAAGAGCUUUACCUGGUGGUCGUCGCUGAACAUCCACCAGCGCAUCCACACGGGCGAGCGGCCCUACGCGUGCCCCGAGUGCGGCCGCCGCUUCAGCCAGAAGCCCAACCUCACGCGGCACCUGCGCAACCACACGGGCGAGCGCCCGCACGCGUGCCUGCACUGCGGCCGCGGCUUCCGCCAGAAGCAGCACCUGCUCAAGCACCUGCGCACGCACCUGCCGGCCGCGCACGCCGCGCCCUGCCCCCGCUGCGGGAAGACCUGCCCCAGCCGCGCGGCGCUGCGGGCCCACCAGCGCGCGCACGCCGCCGCCGAGCCGCUGCGCCCCGGGCCCGCCGUCCCGGGCGGGGAGCCGGGCUCCGAGCCGCAGGCCGAGGCGGCCCCGGGCUUGGCGGCGCAGCCGCGCAGCGCCCAGCGGUCCCGAGGAGCCGGGGACGCCAUGUGGGGCCGGGUGCGCGCGGGCCUGGCCGGGCCCAACGAGCCGCGCCAGUUCAUCUGCAACGAGUGCGGCAAGAGCUUCUCGUGGUGGUCGGCGCUCACCAUCCACCAGCGCAUCCACACCGGGGAGCGGCCCUACGCGUGCCCCGAGUGCGGCCGCCGCUUCAGCCAGAAGCCCAACCUCACGCGGCACAGGCGCAACCACACGGGCGAGCGGCCCUACCUGUGCGCCGCCUGCGGCCGCGGCUUCCGCCAGAAGCAGCACCUGCUCAAGCACCAGCGCGUUCACCGCGGAGCCCUGGCGCCCAGCCCCAAGGGGGAGGCGCGCUAGUGGACUGGAGCCGAUCAGAACCGUGGUGGUGGUGGGGGGACGUGUGUGGGGGAGCGCGUGGGGAAUGGGGUGGCCAGGAGUGCUGGCUCUUAGAAACCCCUGCGGUGAAACCAGUGGUUUCCUCAAGGCUCUGAAGGCCUGAGAACAGAGUUCCAGAAGCAUCCCAAAGGGUGCUGGGAAAAGGUCCCAGGGUGUACUGAGGGAGGAGGUAAGAGCAACACUCCUCACUCCGGAGCCGGGAAGUGUCCGCGGUGGGCUGGGGGCCGUCUGUGUACCUUUCCAGAGGUUGGACGCCUGGCCUAAAGCACCGAGUGGUGGUGGGGCUGUUGGUGACUCUGGCGAGAGGCUCCUGGCGCCAAGUGGCCCAGGUCUGGACUGGUCAGCCUCAGCACUCGGGCUGCAGGAUGGCCAGGGGGCCGCCCCUGUGGAAGAGUCACGGUAGACGCAGUGACACCAAGGAUGGCAGCCAGAGGCUGUGGCUAGGGAGGGGCAAGCACAUCCUCAGCACCAAGGCCAGUGCCGGCACUUAGUGGCCAUUCGAUAAGUAUUUUUGGAAGGAGGGAAUGGUUAGAUGUCCUCCUCCAACCUUGAGUGCCCCACUGUCCAGGGUGCUGGGUAUGGUGGGCUGACCCUAGAACUGGUGUGUGUGUGGUGGGUGGGCGUGGGAUGGUCUCAGCUGAGGUUUGGUUGCUUGGGGAGGGGAGCUGGGUGGCAGAGCCAGAUGUGCUGCUCCUACUCUGGUUCGGGGCUGUGCCCUAAUUGGC